GUGAGGCAGUGGCGGGGAUUCUCAAGCCAGGACGUCCGCAGGCCGCGUGCCUCAGUGGGUUUUCUGAAGGCUGCGGCGCGGGCCGCAUGCCAACUACACCUGACCUCGCGCGACCCUAUUAAAACCAGCCUGCGGUCCAUCCGACCCUAGUAUCCUGCACCAUGCCGCCUCUCUGCUAUCUCCUCCUCUUGACUUCGCUACUGAAGCUAGUGAGCGCCGCUCCGGCUAGUGGGUUCGCGUUCCCUGAUGAAAGAAGGAGAGAUAAGAAGUUGGAGCCAGUGAUCACUCCCCCAGUUCUGCCGUAUAUUGAGCAUUUGGAGCGUGACCCCAGUACUCUAUUGCCUAAUGAGACGGGUCCGGGAUUCAGGCACGCGCCACCGCCGCCCCGGGGGGGCAACAACCCUCGGUUCGGGAGUGGGUUCAACGUGAAGCCGUCCCGCGACGGGGGGCUGACGGCGUCGUUCAGCGGCAGUGCAGCGACUCCGUUCGGCAGCCAGGCCGCCUCGCAGUCGUUCUCGUUCGGCUUCAACCAGGGCUUCAGCGCGUCGCACUCCGCCAGCCAAUCAGCGUCGUUCUCUUCAGGUUUCGGCAAUGGCGGCUUCAGCGGCAGCCAGGCGAGCAGCCAGGCGGCGUCGUUCUCCGGCUCCUCAGCAGCAGCAGCAGCCUCCUCGGCGUCCUCCGCAGCCUUCGCGGGCGCCGGCCACGCCGCCAGCCAGAGCGCAGCCUCCUCCUUCGGGUUCAACUCUAUAAAUGGACUCACGCCCCCGCCUGAGGCAUCGUUCGGCGAGGAUCUACUGGACAUCCGGCACCGCGGGGCUCCUGACUUCUUCUUCCCUCCAGGCCUGGCGGGGAGGAGCAAGGGGGUCGGAGCAGCCACUUUCAGGAGUGGACGGCCGAACACCAAAGACAACGACGACUUUAUAGCCGCUCUAUUCGUUUCCGAUUAGACGUGCUAUUUUUCUAGUCUUUUAAGUUAAUGCGAACCUAGGAUAUUAUGUGCGAAUAAACAGUAUUUAUUAUU